AUGGAAUCGAACUUAAAAUCCAUACGGCCUGGAAAAAAGAAGGGAGAUCCUGUCGUGGUGGACAUUAAGGGUCUUAAAUAUUUAUCCGAUGGAUCUAUAUUUUAUAGGUUAAGACAUGUCGAUGAGUGGUCGGUACUUCCACAGCGUAAAAACAACCAAAGAAAUGAUUUUAUAUCUCCAAGGGGACUGUAUAAAUCUCCAAUAAAAAUUACUGAGAGCGAGUAUAAACAUUUACAGGAACUUAAAAUGAUUACUAAAUGCUUAGGGGAUCUCUUAAACUUAGGUGACGGUCAUGAAAUCGGCGAUUUAUCAGCUAUUGUUAGGCAAGUACACGGAGCGAGGUCCGUGAGGGCGAAGUCCGACGGCAGCCUGGCGGGCGCGGGCGCGGAGGAGGGCGGCGCGCUGGGCGCCGGCGGCAAGGCGCGCUCGCGCUCGCUCGAGCCGCUCACCGGCCUCGCCAUGUGGUCCUCCGAGCCGCAGAUCAUUGAAUUAGUAAAAGGCGAGCGAGGUCUCGGUUUCUCCAUCCUCGACUACCAGGACCCGUUGCGUCCCUCCCACACGUUGGUGGUGAUCCGCUCACUCGUACCAGGCGGCGUGGCGCAACAAGAUGGACGGCUUAUCCCUGGUGAUAGACUGCUGUUUGUUAACGAUCAGAACCUGGAGAACGCGAGCCUGGAGCAGGCGGUGGCGGCGCUGAAGGGCGCGCCGCGCGGCGCCGUGCGCAUCGGCGUGGCCAAGCCGCUGCCGCUGGCCGACGCGCCGCCGCCGCCGCUGCCCGCCAGCGCCCCGCCCGCAUCUAACACCAAC